CUCUUUUGUUUUUGUUUCUAAAUAUGAAAGGAAUAAGGAAGUAGAUGAGAGAUGAAACAGUUAAAAAGCAGAAAAUUCUAGUAUAUUGCCAUAUUGAGACACUGUACUAUGAAAAGAGAAUGUAUCUGCUGUCAGUCCUUCUCCUUUGGCUCCCAGGUUGUUUCUCCAACAGAGAAAUCAUAAAGGGCCUAACACACGUGGAAUUUGAAGAAAAUAGUUUGGGGAUUAUAAAAUGUCAAUAUGCCUCAGGAUGGGAGAACUACGUGAAGUGGUGGUGUCGAGGAUAUGACUGGUAUUCUUGUGAAAUUCUUGUUAAAACCACAGAACCAAUGAGAGUGAGUGAUCGUGUGUCCAUCCAGGACAAUGCCACAGCACUCACAUUCACAGUGAAAAUAAAAAACAUCAGAAAAAAAGAUGAAGACUUCUAUUGGUGUGGGAUUGAAAGGACAGCAGCAAGUGAUCAUGGAUUCCAGAUCAAAGUAACUGUUGUCUCAGUAGUCCCCAGGAGAACCACCACUACCAGAAACACAACUACAACUGUGACAAUAAGCACAGGAAACAUCACAGGAACAAAAAACAGCUACUCUUAUGAAAGACCUAAAAUCACAGAUCUCCUUGUCCUACUGCCCAUCAUCUUUGGUAUUUUAUUGAUAAUAUUGGUGGGAGCCUCAAUUCUGGCUUGGAGAAUGCUCCUGAGACAGAGGAAAGAAGCUGAAAAACUUGCUGAGCAGGAAUCCCAGCCAACACAGGAAGAUAUUUGUUAUAUACAACUGAACUUGCAUGGAAAGACAUCCCCUUUAAAUUCUCCAGACAGAAAGACUUUUCUUGAAACCUCCACCAGAAUCAAUAGCAUCCACCAGGAAGUGGAAUAUGUCACUAUGAUGAGGAAACUGAGGCAAACAGGAUGAAGUGACUUGGCUAGGGUCACACAACCAAAAAAAUGAGUCUUUUCUGACUCCAGGUCUCUAUAUAUGCACCACCCAGCUUUUCUAUUCCAACCUAUGUUUAGGAAUAAGUCCAACUCAUAUCCUCUACAAAAUCCCCAUGUGGUCAUCUAGCCUUUGCUUGGCAAACCCUACCAAUGGUGAACUCAGUGAUCUCCUGAGAUAACCCAUCCCAAUUUGCUUAAUGAUUCCCCCCCUCCCCAUUAAAACUAAAUAUUCCUCUCUGCAACUUUUAUCCAUUGCUCCUAGGAUUAUAUUCUGGGGUCAAGCAGAAGAAGUUGAAUAUCUCUUUCAAAUAUUUGAAGACAACUCUAUUGUUCCUCACCUCCCAAAUCUUUCCCUACGCCAGAUUAAAAAUUCCCAUUUCUUUCAAUUUAUUUUCACAUGGCAUGAUUCCAAGACCCUUCAAUGCCCUGGUAAUUGCUCCUCUCUCUGGACGCUCUGCCUGCUUUUCAAUGUCCUUCCUGAAAUGUAUUGUCUAGAACUGAACACAAUACUCCAGUUAGGGUAUGUCCAGAGAAGAACCUAAUAGGAAAAUCUUCUUCUCAAUAUUGUACUUCAAUGAAGCUAAAGAUAAUUUUAGCUUUUUAGUUUUCCAGAUCACACUAUUUUCUCAUAGUAUAUAUAUAAAUCCUUAUCUCCUCCCUGAUAAUUUUCUUUUA